AUGAACCAUGCGUCAAUUGCAGCAGUCUCGGAAACCUUGAGACGGUGCCUGUUCAUCCGACGUUCGGAUUUCCCGUGUUGGUUUCAGCCAAUCAGGCGGCUGGCAGACAAACCAGAACAGAGUCUCCUAAGGUUCAAUUCCCAGAGCAUUGGAGAUGAUUCAAGUAUCCAACUGGACUACUGUCAGCCGAUUCCUACGGAAGGCAAACAAAUUCGACAAUGGGACAAUGGACACACAUGA